CUGUCAAAUCAGAAGCAGAAGGUAAGGUACAGACAGGAAGCAGGAACAGGAACGUCAAGUCAAGUCCAACCAAGCCAUCGCGUCACCAGCAGGAGCAGGAGCAAACUGAUGUUAGGCUUACAACAAAGUUUUGAAUCAUUCAGAAAUAGUUUACAUUAUAGUGCUAUGAGUGUUAUGCUAUGAACAUUGGAAUAGAACUGUAAGCUAAACCUGCAACUUUCAUCCACUACAUAGAUCUAGCCUACAAGACAAGAUUACAAAUAAACCUAAUCUCAUCUAACUUUCUCACUGGAAUAAUGGAAUCACCACUAGAAUCUUGCCUGCAGAGUUUAAUGAAGGAUGAAGAUGUUACUGGAUGCAUGCUUGCUGAUAAACAUGGACUGUGUUUAGCAGCGGCAGGAAAGGCACACCCGGAGGCUACUGGCCUUGUAGCCGCAGUGGCUCAUCAAGUGGCCAAGCUAGAACCCUCUCUCCCUCCACCUGUCAUCCUGCUAGAGGCUGACAACAGGAAAUGUUUGAUCCAGCAAAGCUCAACUCUCACAGCCGCCAUUUUCAAGAACAAUGUCACAGCUUGAACUUUCUGUACACUAUAUACAGCAUAUUACACUUUUGUAAAUAAAACUUUGAUUAAA